AUGGGAGCUGCCAAUGGGACACAAUUCCGUCUUGUAAAUGCCACAGUUGAGCUGCAACGUGAAACGAGAGACUUUGCGCGAUGGACGCUGGCGGAUGUCGAGCAGCUGCAUCGGCGCUUCAACAAAACAUUCGGCUUUUCAAUAACCGCAAGUCAAUUUGAAAAUUUGUUGUUGUGUCAAAUGCCUGAAAGUGUCGGAGUUGAAGAAAUUUUCGAAGCUCUGGACGUCAAUCACGACGGCCGGGUGGACGGGUUGGAGUUGUUGGCAGCCCUUGCGUGUGUUUGCCGGGCGGAGUUUGAAGACAAAGCAAGAUUCACCUUUGAUCUCUUCGAUUUCAACCACAAUGGGUCGUUAUCAUUGGUGGAGUUGGCCUUUUUGAUGAAAUCUGUCUCUAUUGGCAUGGCACUUUUGACUGGGGUGACCACCAAUUCUGAGGACGUCAUGAAGCUUUGUCUUGAACUUGCAAAAAAUGCAUUUUCCCAGGUAGAUGACGAAGCAUCCAUGCUCGGUUUUGACGAUUUUAUCGCCUGGGCUCGUCAAAAUCGAGAGUUCAUGCUUCAGGUUGAACACUUUCGAAUUAUUGCUGCCAAAUCCAUGGAGUUUGAAGAUGCACUGUCAUUACCCGAAGGCAGUGAUUAUGAUUCAGAUCUCGAAGUGGAAGAGUUUGAGAUCUCAGCUCAGCGUCAAAAUGCUGCUGAGCCAAAACCGGUCAAAUGUUCUGCACCUUGGACGGAAGAGCCUUUGUCGCCACCUUCACCAACAGAUACUGCAUACGUAAGUGAGACGAUUGGCAUGCCACCAUCUGCAAAUUUACGUCUAGAGUGGGUCUAUGGAACCGGCGGACCAUCUGUCCGCAACGCCUGUCGCUUCGUAGCAACAGGAGAAGCAGUUUAUUUUGUAGGAAGUUAUGCUGUCUUAUAUUUAUGUGAGCGUCAUGAGCAGCGCUAUUAUCGCGGCCAUCGAUGUGCCAUAGGUUGUCUGGCUGUGAAUGCUAGUGGGGAGCUAGUCGCAACAGGUGACGCCUCUUGCAACAAUGUUGGAGCUGAAGUGCAUGUCUGGAGCGCAAAAUCCCUUCAAUGUCUCGCAGCAUUACGCAACUUCCAUCCUACUGGAAUCGCACACGUCUUUUUUCCUGCGGCAGCAUCGGCGACAACUGCCACACUUCCACAGAGUCAAAGCUUGAUGAGGGGUGAACGAAGCAGUGUACUUGGAAAGUCUGCCGUAGUAUUAAGCUGUCAUAUACGCAAGAAGAAAUCACACGAGACAGAUGUCUUACUUGCAUCAAUCGGUAGUGACACAAGCGCAUCAAUGGCGCUUUGGAAUUGGCAAGAAGGAGCUGUUGUGGCCUCAGGUCGAGCACAACGAAACAUACAUAGCAAAAUGGGUCGUUCUGGCAGCAGUCGACCGCUGGCUUGUGCGCUGAAUGAAGACGGCGAUGAAAUUGUCGUUGUGGGUGCCCAUUUCAUCAAUUUUUAUCAUGUUCAUGGCCAGUUUUUCAAGCAAAAAAAGCCUCACUGGCACGGAAUUAUGGAACCAGGCAUGCAGACCGUGCCUGUGUGUUUAAGUGUAGUUUACUAUGGUCUUCAAUCGGUCGUUGUAGGAACUGGACGAGGCGAGCUACUACUUUUUGACCGCCACACGCUGACGCGAAGUAUACAGGCACAUGAACCUUUGACCAGCGUCAACGUGUGCUUUUUGUCCUGUCACUCAAUGGUACUCUUCACAGCUGGCAAAGAUGGCCAGAUCAAACAAUGGGACUCUACACUUCAUUCCAUUGGACACGCUCUCAAUCUACACACUUCCCUGCCUAUCUCGUCAUCUUUUAAGUCUUCGAUUAUCCAGCCUGGUAACGCUCUCGAAAGUGAUGAUUUGCGUAUCUGCUCACUAGAUUAUGAUGCACAGCGUCGACGUUUUCUAGUCGCGACUCGGAUGGGAAAUAUUUUCGAGCUAGACGACAAAGUGGAUGCUUCUGCAACGCCGCCAAUUGUUGUGGCGACAGGACAUAAGGGUCCAACGCGCAGUAUUGCAGCUGCAAUUACCGUUGGUGGCAUUUUUGCAUCGUGUGGGAUGAAUGAACGGUCGGUGAAAAUCUGGAGCCUCCGUCGUCGCACACUUUUACAGCAUCUCUGUUUUCCUGGGGCCUCAGAGAUCCCUAGUGCACUAGCAUUCAGUAGCGAUGGAGAGUGUCUUGCUAUUGGAAGCGAGGAUGGUAUGGUGCUUCUUGCACGACGAACGAAUGGAAUAUCUCGGAUACACAUGACCACCGAGGCACUCAUGAAAAACACGAAUGCGGCAAUUAGGACGAUGCGAUUUGGGCCUUUAGAGACAGAUCCAUUACUUGCAGUGGCGCGUGCCAACGGUCUGAUUUAUCUUUACAGAUUCGAGUCCGAGGGUCCAAAGUUUUCUCGCUAUAUGCUGCUACAUUUUCAAACACAAGACAUUACAGCCGGAUCGGAGGAUACAUACGCUCACGCCCUUGACUUCAGCGUCGACGGGGGUUUUCUUCGAGCCCAAUAUGGCAGCUCGAUGCUAUGUAUCUGGGAUCUUCGCAAACGUGCCGGAACACGUGUCACCUCGAGGAGUAUCCUUCAAAUGAUACGAUGGCAAACGCACAGUGUUUCGAUCGGAUGGGAUGUCGGUGGAUUAUCUCUAAACGCUGGUGACUGUGCGGUGGCGAACAGUAAGUUAAGACUUAUAUUAGUUCUUAGCAGUAAUGGAGACAUCAACCUGGCUCCGUUUCCGUGUCCACCGUCAACUACCGCAAAUGUCACGCGCUGGCUAACCAGACGAAUAGUAAACGCACACCUGACUAGCCACGUCCCACGCACUGAGCCAUCUUGCAGCCGUCCGUUGGUCUUCGGGGAUUUUGCCCUUCGAGGAAAUGUGGUGAUAACCAGCAGUCAAUAUGACGCUGCGAUAUGCCAGUGGCGCGUUCACAAGGAGCUUGCAGAUGUGCAGCCUCAUCCACCUUGUCAGUAUGAUCAGCUCCUUUGUAAGCGACUGCGGGCACUCCAUCUGAAAGAAAUUUAUUUUCCUAUCAAUACGCGAGACGAAAAGAGGCAACAGAAUUUACAAAGAUAUUCCAAUCGUGACAUGUUACACGCGGUAAAAUCACACGAAAGCCAUGAGGGUAUCAUUCAGCGGUCCGAAGCGCCUGAUCUUGCUUUGACAUUGUCGUUUGUCUACGGUUUCAAUCAUCGUAACAUGAGUGUCAAUCAGUCGCUUGCUUGUCUUGGAAACGGGUUGUUCGUAUACGGCGCGGGUUCGCUCCUCAUUGUGAGUCAUGUGCACGCAAUUGGUACUCGACAGCGUAUUGUAACUACAGGGCUUAAAGAUUCCGUGUCCUGUAUCGUUAAACACUCAUUCGAGCCGAUUCUAGCCGUCGGAAGUCGCAGAGACGAACAAGUACUUCUCUUGCGAGUUGAAGAGAUGCUUGCGCCUGGAAAAGGCGACUUUUACCACCAAUUAGCUACACUUGAUUCUCAUUUUCUCCCUUCAAAUGGAAAGAAUGUCCUUAUUGCGGUUGAUUUUAGUAAUGCGAAGGACAGUCGUCGCAAUAUACAAAGCGACUUAGUUGCCGCGAUUUGGAAAUGUACUUUGAGUCACGUACAUACGUUGGCAUUUUAUGCGUGGAAACGACAACUUGUUAUAGCGUACACGUCAAUGACGCGUCAACCAGUGUUAUUUGGUCGAUUUGUCGGCUAUUCAGAAACAGGGGCAGCCUUCGUUAGUGGAGGAAUCGACCACGUCACAUUUUGGAGUUUAGAGUCGGGCACAGGGUAUGUGUCCGCUCAGCAAGGCAUUUUUGGACGUCAUGCUGUCGUAAGGACGAUCACAUGUGCUGUUUACGUGGCUCCUUUUGUCAUCACUGGAGUAGAAGAUGGCUCAAUUGUUUUAUGGGAAAAUAAUGUCGCAGCUUACACCGCUCGCUCAUCGAGUACCAUGGAUGGAAACGGAGUUGUAGCAUUGGAGCAUAUUCCAGCGUCUCGAGUGGUACUGGAGGCCCUACGCAAUGGCUCGUUGGCAGUUUGGCGGUAUACAACGUCUCAACGAUUGACAAAAGGAGCUAUUGAGUCAAGAAGCCAAAUUCGAGCCAGCACCUUCUUGAACCUCACUCGAGUUGUAUCGGUGUUAGACGGUAAGAGCAAUGACACGCAUGUGUGCGGAAUGAGUUUAUUGGAUGAUGGUGCUAUAGCCUGUUUUGAUUUAAGUACUGAUGAAAUUGUCUCUGUUGAUCUGGAUUCAAUACUCGACGACAAAGCGCCAGAGGUCCCGGGUUUAACUAUACCGCCUAAAGUCAGCAACAAAGGAAAAGAAGUCUUAAACUUUAGCCCUGAGAUUAUUGAUAUUGCACUUCAUCCGCGAGACUUCCUUUGGGCAUCUGCCUCCGCUGAUGGUCGUGUAUCUGUGUGGAGCCUUCGUGCAACUACCCUUUUACAGCAGCAAUCAGUGCGUAGCCCGCCACGUUCACUAGCCUGGAGUUCGACCGGAGAACACCUCGCAGUGUCUCUCUCGAAUGGUAAAGUAUUUAUUUUCCAUGGCACGACGCUAGAGAAGGUACUUGAAUUUACUUGUGGUGACCCGGAGAACGCAUCUGCAAAUUCAAAUUGGUGCAGUAUUCUGAAAUACUCGCCAGCUUUCAGUCACAACGGGUCAGCUGUUUCUCGUAGCUGGUUGGCAUUAGCCUGUCGAGACUUCGUCAUAUACGUUUACGCCUGGGAGUCGACGGAAUCGUCACCACCUUCUUUGACUUUGCAACACAAUUUUGUUGGCCACACAGCGCCGAUCGAGGCUUUGGACUUUUCAUUUGAUUGUCGUUUUUUGCAGUCUGCAACUUCCAGUAACACCAUGCAGCUUAUGCGCUGGCCUUUACAGAAUGAUCUAUCGUUGAAGGAGGAAAAGUUGGAUGGAACUGCAGUGGAAUGGACUCUUUCAGAUAAUGCGUGGGUAUCAUGGACUGUGACGUUUGCUGGUCCAACUGAAAGACUUGCAGAAUACUGUGGUGUGGACAUGGUGGCGGCAAUUGCGCGCAUCAACAGUGAUACACUGAACAAAGGAGACUUCGAUGGAGCGGUAAACACAAAUAUGUGGGAAUCGCCAUUACCCACGAUGGUGAUCGGACUCGAUAACGGUCAAGUGAUGCUGGCAUGGUAUCCUCUCACGUGUGAGGAUGUCAUGGCUUCAGCCAGUCACGAUCAAUUAAGCAGUGAAGCUGUUGCUGUGACAAAAAAGUGCUUGGGGUGUUUUUCACGCGAAUCAACCAUACUCCGCAUCGGGUUUAGUUUCACAAACGCAUUUGUCGUGGCGCUAGCGCGAGACUCUUACGGUAGUACGCAGGUGGCGGUGUGGAAGACCGACUAUGACGACGAGGUCCGUCUACGGCAACGGUUCGCCUUAAAAACAAAUGCAACGUCAACGAUGGGGUUCAACAGACCUGAUCGAAUCUUAUUCGAACAACGCUUUCAAGCUCAACAGACAAAGAGACCAAUUUCGAGGCAUUUUCCAGAUCGAAAAGAAAGCAAUCACGAAAGGCAUGUGAGACCACAAGUACAAUCAAGUGGCAAUGGGAAUAUGUAUCUCGAAUAUGUUUAUGGAGUAAACACUAGCGCCACGGGCAGUUGCAAUGUCUUCUACGCUGACGAUGCGUGGGAGAUUGUCUAUACAGCCGGGGUUUGUGGCGUUGUAUAUAAUACCAAGACGCAGACACAAUUAAUCAAUUACGAAACAGGAUAUAAAGAGCAUAGAGUCAUCUCGGCGCUAGCAGUACAUCCGAAAGGUAAUUUGGUUGCGUCAGGUGAAUGCCUCGCACGGGCUUGUGGCGUAUCUCAGGCACCCCAAAUCAUAAUCUGGGAUGCAAAUAGCGGCAUUACUGUUCUACGUGUAUUAUCUGAGCACUACCCGGGUAUUUUGCUACUGAGAUUCAGUCCCGAAGGACAUCGACUUGCAUCGAUUGGCAUGGAGUUGGAUCAUACCUUGGCUAUUUACGCCAUUUCAGGUAGCGAAAUUCAAGGCGGUCGACUCUGCGCGACGUUGCUAGUGACGUGUAAAACGUCUAGUCGAAGAGUGUGGAGUUUAAGCUUUGGAGACGAUGAAGACCUGGCAGUUUGCGGGGACCAACACAUUCUCUUCUGGCAGCAAGGGAAAACGAGUUCAAGUGGCGAGGAGACGUGCUCGAAAGGAUUGAAAAGUGGGCUGUUAACAAGCCACAAAGAGUGCGAUCCCCAUGCGUCACUGCUUCAGGUCGUGCACAUGGCUGGCCGGGCGCGAGUGGUGGUGUCCAGUCAAGCAGACGGUAGUAUCUACUUUUGGAAAGACCGCGUCUGUGUGCUUGUUCGUCGUGAUGCACACGGUAAUACCGCCGUUCCAGCUUUAGCCGUGGAUCAUAAGCAUUCGCUGCUUUAUUCAGCAGGAGAUGAUGGACGCAUCUGUGCAUGGAACGCACAGCUCGAACUGGUUCGAAUUGUGGUGGACAUUGCAAAACUCAAUAUUGGCCCACUUCCGCUAAGUAGUACAAAUAUUCAAUCGAUUUGCGUUCGCGACGAACACGUUCUUUUUACUACUGCACAAAGUGAAGUGUGUGAGCUUCUGCCAGUGCAACAGAAGACGCAAGGAUCAAGCGAGAACGAGUGGCGUCUAAACGUCCAUGUUCGUGGUCAUGCUAAUGCUGAAGUGUCUAGUCUGGCCGCUCAUCCGUGUAAAAGCGCGCAGUUUGCAUCGGCCGGUGAUGACGGUACUGUGCGUUUAUGGGAUGCCACAACACGGUCGCUACUAGCGUCCUAUCAAUGGUGUGGUGCUGUAGAGUCCACGAUGGGAGCAGGACGCGAUCAGCGACUUCGUGCAUUGGCAUUUUCCUCUGAUGGCAAAUAUAUAGCCGUUGGUACGGAUAUCGGAGUUGUGCGAGUGCUGACCGCAGCACUUGAUAGUAUUGUAACCCAAUGGAGUUGCUGGCAAGAUCAGCAUCAAAGUCACGCAAUUUUAGCGUUGCAGUAUUCAAAUGAUGGCAAGCUGCUGGUAGUGGCGUCUCAAGACGGCACGAUCCACACGUACGAUGCUACCAGUUACCGCCGAAUUAUGAGAGUGCGAGGAUCGACACUGAACUUAAAUACAAUUCAACUUGACUUUGCUCGUAACAAACCAAUACUUCGUGUGCAAUAUAACGGUUUGCAACUUCAAUACUGGCAACUUGGCUCAUGGGAAGAAUUGUCAUUCGUUCAAGUCCAAGAUGCUCACUGGGAGUCGAUGCGUUAUCCGUCUUUGAUUAAUAAUACAAUGAACGAAGACUUUGACGGCACGGUUUUAGUGGAAGGCACUUCCAUUUCUUUAGUCAAAAACUGGGCUGUUACCAAGAAUGAAAUGUAUCUGCUUUCUUCUGCUGGCGUCGACGGUGUCAUGUACCAGUUUCGCUUGUUACCUCGUUCAACUACAGUACGAUAUUCAACAAAAUAA